CGAAACCACUGACAGAAACAUGAAGGCGUGUUUACUGAUUUAUUCCAGCACUAAAACAUCGUUUCCCGGCGUCCAUUUAUGAGCUUCAAUGACUUAACAAUCACCUAAAGACGACACAAUGGAUUGACACCCGUUUUUUUAAUGUCUGUACCGACCCAGAGACCGCGGACAUAAACUUUGCAAUGCCUCGAACAGCUGCACAGUGUUAGCUAACGUUACUAGCUCCACUAAGUAUCUGCACCGACCGGCGGUAAAGCUGUGAACAGCGGUACUCAUGGAGGACGGUGGAGGAGCCCGCUGCCAGGUUCCCACUGUCUGCUCCAACGUUGAUGUUCCCGCCACACCAAACACGGAGCUGAAGAAACUGCUGGAUUUUAAAGUGUACAAGAGGAGAUGGUUUCUACUGCUGGUGCUGUGUCUGUUGAACUGCUCCAACGCCAUGAUAUGGCUGACCUUUGCACCAGUAGCAGACAACUCUGCCAAGUUUCUGAAGGUAUCUCUGGCGGAAGUCAACUGGUUGUCACUGGUCUUCAUGGUGGUGGCCGUACCGUUCAGCUUUGUGACCACGUGGAUGGUGGACACCAUCGGCCUACGGAUCUCGCUGAUUCUGGGAUCCUGGCUGAACAUGUUCGGAGCCCUGGUGCGCUUCGGUGGGUCGAUGCUCAGCCAGGAAUCUGCAGUGUACCCUGUAGUGAUGCUGGGCCAGACCCUUGGUGCCCUGGCUCAGCCACUCAUCUUCUUCACCCCCACCAAGCUGGCAGCUCUCUGGUUUCCUGACCACCAGCGCGCCACAGCUAACAUGAUCGCCUCGAUGUCCAAUCCUCUGGGACUCCUCCUCGAUAACCUGAUCUCUCCCCUGGUGGCUAAAACACCUGCACAAAUCCCAGUCCUGCUGCUUGUCUAUGCGGCCCCGACAUGCAUCAUCUGUUUCCUAGCAACAGUGGGAAUACGGAGCAGUUCCCCCCCCACGCCGCCAUCGGCGAGUGCUGAGACCUCCGAGCCGUUCUUACAGGGGCUCAAACUGUUACUGAAGAACAAAGCCUACCUCGUCCUAAUGAUGUGCUUCGGUUUGGGCAUUGCUGUUCUCACAUGCUUCUCCUCACUGCUGCAGCAGAUCCUGUGUGUGCAAGGAUACAACAAUAGCUUCGCUGGCCUCUGCGGCGCUCUCUUCAUCGUGUUCGGCAUCAUUGGCGCAGCGGCUCUGGGUCUCUACGUCGAUAAGACCAAGAAGUUCAUGGAAGCCGUGAAGAUCAACAUGACCUUCGCCACUCUGGCAUGCAUCGCCUUCUCAUUGGUGGCUCUGAUACGGGAGCAGAAAGUCGCCGUGGUCAUCAUCUGCUCUCUUUUUGGCUUUUUCGGGUUCUCCAUUUACCCCGUGGCCCUGGAGCUAGCUGUGGAGUGCUCGUAUCCCGUUGGAGAAGCUACAGUAGCCGGACUCAUCUUCAUAAUGGGACAGGUCCAGUCCGUUCUCCUCAUGAUAGUCUUUCAGGCUUUAACCAAACGGAUCGCAGACUCUCCUCUGUCCACCUGCGGGAGUGCAGUCCUGAGCUGGAAGGUGCCCCUGAUGCUGAUGGCGGGACUAACCACUUUGUUCACGUGCUGCUUCAUAAUCUUCUUCCACACGCGAUACAAACGACUGGAGGCCGAGCAACAGGCGACUUACGGGACCAAACAAAGCAACGGCACGACGACCACUGAGCAAGCUCCGAGUGUGGAGGAGUGAGCUGAGGGAAUUAUGGGUACAAGCACACAAGCACAGUUUGCUUUGGUGACCUCAAAUGUUAGUUUGUUUUAAUCAAGACCAUAUAUUCCUGUAACGCGUUGAAAUAAUGAAUAAUUUUACACAAAAACUAGUUUGUUGGUAGAAAUCUGGUUAUUUAGUAAAUAGUUUUCUUGCCACUCGUACAAAUAGUCCCAGUUGGCUGGGCAGUAGUCCUCUGAACAUUCAUAUACUGAUCAUGUGUAUUGAAAUGAUGGUUAGAUUCUCUCUGCUCUUGAGACAGUUCAUUUUUCCCUUCGCUUACCUUGGAUUGCAGUAAUGGGAGAGAAAAUGAAGAGAGCCCAGACACAGAAGCUGUUUCAUCAUGUGACAACAUUCCUUCAAGACACCAAAUCCACUUGUGUUCCAGGGUUUUGUAGCAGUCCCCAGGGUUUCUCUCAACAGUCACCAAAGCAAAAUCAUCAACUGUUGUACGACUCCAAACACAGCAGGCCUCUGAGCUUGUUUAUCUUCUGCCACCGUGCAGAACUGUGGAUCCUUUCCUCUCAGGGACCAAGAACAAACGUAAUGUUUACUGUCGAUGCUUCAGACUCUGCUGGUGCUGUCUGAAAUAACUCUGUGUAUUCUGCCCUACAAAGGCAGUAGAGGUGAAGAAAGGCUGGCUGGGUAAACUAUGGAACAGUCGGACAGGAUGUAAUGCCUUCAUCUAACGCUUUUAGACCGAUUACUCUGGAACAAACAUUAACAUAGACCACAGGGAAGAACCAAACACUGUCAAAAGCAAAGGUCUGCUAAGGUAGGCUAGUUACCUUUAAGCAGGUCUAAAUGUUGAUGUUCAGCAAAACUGACAGAUAUUAAAUACAGGUAAGAGGGAAACAGGUAAAUUUAGCUCUAUCAGCUAGCUGUGUCGACCUACUUACUAACUAACUAACUUGACUCUCUUGCUUUGACUGGAUUUAAUAUGUUCUCUUUGAAAUGAUCUGUGGCCUAAAACUAGGUGUUGAGUAUUUUGAUUCCAUUUGUACUUUCUGCUUUUUGGAUUUGUAGGGCAGUUUUGUCACACUUCAUUGGAUUCCCACUCUUUUUGAGAAAUCAUUUUUUUAGAUUUCUUGACAAUUCAGGGCAGCACUUGCUAACAGGGGCUCAUAUAAUUUAGCAGUACGUCUGGUAUUGACACAUUUAACUCCAGUUUUAUUCCUUCUUUUUCUAUCAAUGAAUGAGAAACUGCAUUCAUUUUCAGAUUUUUCUGCUGCGUUCUCUCCAGGGAAUUGACUACAUUUUUACGAUUUCUCUCCCACCAUAACAUUACUUUGGCCACAGCCCAUAAGUAACAAUUCAAAUUAGGUUGAUUUUAUUUUUCCUAUGAGCCUAUUCAAAGAAGAAGUAGAAAGUCCUUGUUGCACAGUUAAUAUUGCUGUGCAGGUUUUUUUUUUUCACUGGGAUUUUGUGAGAAGAAUUUUAACUUGAUGCCAAAAAACCUGCUUUGAAGUGUCGUAUCGCAGGUUACCCUACCAACAGUCGAGCUUUAAACUAAAUAUGUUGACGAUCUGAGUUAAAAAAAUAAAAUGGAUUUAUUGAUUUUUUUUUUACAGGACGUGGGAAUUGUGCUCCUCCUCUUGUACUAAAACCACUGUAAAAGAGACUGUUUACUAACCUACUCUGAAUAAACUACCUUAUAUGUAGUUCUCUGCAAGUCUCUGAAAAACUACAUUGUAGAUUUCAGACUGACUACCUAGAAUUGAAACUAAACUGUUUCUUGUUUGUCAACAACUGUCAGUAAUAACUGUUGUUGAUAUGGUAAAAAAAAAUACCCCUAAUAACAGCAUAUAAUGAUGUAAUUCAUUUGUACAAUAAGGGGAACACUGACACAUUGUACACCAUGUUUAACAGCGUACUGGAGGGGUUUUGCAUAUUAAAGCCAGCAGAUCAGUUCAUUUGUUUUCACAAUAUUCUAAUCAAAUUUGACUUCUUCCACUAGUCAGGACCAAUAAUAGUUCUGUUUUUCAAGAGGUAAAAGGAGGUAGUUAAACAUUUAGAAAGCUGCAGCACUUGAAUGAUAAACUGACGAUGGAGGACGUGUCUGACCUCACCUGCAGUGCUUUUAGAUCCGAUCAUCUGAGACACAUCUGGAACAGGAGGUGUCCAUUUUAAGUUCUUCCUCAGUUGAGUGUGAUAAUGAUAGUUUUGUAACGUUUUAAUUCCUUAAUGUCAUUAAAAUGUUACCUCAAGUAUUCAUA